CAUCGCCUCGGCCCCUUCCCUCCGCAGAGCGCCGGCCGGCCGUGCCCGGAGCCGGACUUCGCCGGGGGCUCGGGCUGCACCUGCCCCUGCCCCUGGUCCGCCCCCGCCGGUGUCUCCAAGGAGACCUGGGCCGCCGUCUGCGCCGCGGAGCCGCCGCACAGCCAGGGCCGGCGGGAGGCUCGGCCGCCGGGGCAGUUCUGCAGCCCGCAGCUCGGUGCCCAGGACGCGGCGUGGCAGGGAGACCAGCUGUCCUCCCAGCUCUACAGAAACAAGCAGCUUCAAGAUACUUUGCUUCAGAAGGAAGAGGAACUUGCUAGGUUACAUGAAGAAAAUAAUAACCUCCGACAGUACCUGAAUUCUGCCCUGAUUAAGUGUUUAGAAGAUAAAGCCAAGAAACUACUGUCUGGCCACGGACAAAAAACCUGUGCUAUCCUCAAAAGUACAAAGAGGAGAUUAAAAGAGGACCACUGCUUUGUCCCUCAAGAAACUCCUCAGGCUUCCAAAGCUAGAAGGAACCUCUUCAAUGAAUUCACUGCCUGUGAAGAGCAAGCCAGCCCUGCUGUGGACAGCUGGGUCUUGCAGACCUUAGGAUUAAAAGAUGUGAACACCAUUGAUGAAGCUUCAGCUAACUACAGUGCCCUGUCCCCAGACCUUGGAAAAGACACAUACUGCCUGAGCCCUGGGGGAGCAAUAGGCUAUGAGCACAGGGAAGGAGCAGCAGCAGCGUUCAGCUGUAGCCAUGUGCCUCCAGCCAGCAGCAGCACCCAUCCAUGCAGCGAGGACUCUCCCUUCCCUCCUCAAUUUUCUUCAGCACCAUGCCUCUCCUCACCAGUACCAAGUGUUUCCUGCCUCCCAACCUAUGGGCUGCCUUAUUUGACUGGUGAUUUGUCACCCAACAAAACAGAAGUGGCCUUCACAACGUCCCUGAGUCCCCACCGCAAUGUGAGAACACACAGCUUCCACCAAGGACAGGCCUUUGUGCGCAGGGACGACAACGGGGGAUGGAGAUUCACCUGGGUGCCCAAGCAGGCUGAAUGAUGCACCUGGAUCAAGGGUCAGCCAUAGGGGAUGUAGGAGUCACACUUCACCUUGUGCACGAGACAGGUUCAGGCAGAAAAAUGGACCCUUUUGGGCUUCUUUAAAUGCUACUCUGUCACUAACCUACUCCUCAUUCCCUCACAGAUUUUCACGGAUGUGACUCCAGAUUGCACUUGGACAAUUAUCUGCCCCAGAUGUACAAACUAGAUUCCUUUCUCUUGUGCCUGUGUUGAGAUACCUGUUUUUACUUGUUUCCUCGGUUUUUAUCAUCAGCUCUUCCUUGUUACUGGUAGUUUCCAGGCUGGAGGCCUUUCAGCUUUGAUGAUCACUUUUACGUGCACCAAACUGGAAAGCACUUUGGGAAUACACCUCUCUCACAGAUAUCCACAGAUAACAAAGGAGGCAUGGAUUGAAGGCUGAGGAUCAGCAGUUUCUAAGUGAUUUACGUCUCUCUUGACUACACUGAUUGCUUUGGAUUUAACGGGUACCCAUGGUUGCCUUAUGUGCUGCCCAAGGCUGACCUACCUGCAGUUCCAUGGUGCUGUCACAUUCUUUGAUGAUGCCUCAAAAUAAAAAUAGGAUUUGCUUCUAAUGCCUGGAGGCUACUUAGUUGCAAGUGAUUGGGCAAGUGCAGGGGACCUUCCUAAGGUGUGAUUAAGAGACUGAUGUGUUUACUGAUAUGUUUUAAAGGUGUUUUGUCUGUCAGUAAAGGGAGUUUACAUUUGGGGAAGCAGUAUCACUUAGUGGUUGGAGUCGGUCUUUAGGAACCACAGCCUUCAAUGCCAGCUCCUGCCUCUCUGUGUUUCUGCCAGACUGUGAUGGGCUGAGGGUAAGACCAGCACUACUCUGAGAAUGCUUUAAAACUCUCUGAGAGAAGGUGCUCUAGCACUGCACAGGACUUGACAUUUAGUAAAGCUACUAAUGAUAUGAAUGAUAUCAUGAUAUGAAGUCAAUGGACAUGAAGGAAGCUUGCCAGUACUGUUUUCUGUUACCUUUGUCUUCUGUUCUACAGUAGUUUGAUGCCUAAGUAUUCAAAAUAGAUUGACUUGGUUAUUCUUGCUUUCAGAAUGGUGCCAGUGACAUUGAGGAGGGACUUAAGUAAAAAUAACCAAAAUCAAGGAUUUUCUUCCAGUGGCUUAUUUUCCUAUAGAAAACUGGAUAUUUGUCUAUUUUUUUUUUGAGGAUAAAAAUAUCUCCUAAUAGCCUGUUGUGCCUUAGAAUUGCAAUGUUUGAGGAACUCCAUCAGGAGCAGUAAUGGUUUCCCAAAGGACUUCUAAAUAAAUAAAGUGUAUUUCUAGGUAGUUACUUUAGAGUAACUGUGGCAGACUUCCAGAAUAGGCAAUUUGAAAGCAUUGGUUGUAGGCAUUAUUUCACUGGAUUAAAAAGCCAACCAAACUAAAAAAACACCAACCACAAACCCACACAACAACCACUGCAAAAUAAAACCACAAAAAAACCUCAAUAAAACCCAACAAACCCAAACCAAGCAAUGCUUAUGGAAUAAAUACAAGUAUUUGUUUGGGGGGCUUGUUGUAGUCCAUAAAAUUGAGGCCAAUUGAUGAAGACUGGUCAGACAAGAGCACUGUUUCUGUAGCACUUUUUUACUUUUCAGUGAAAGCAGAAGAAAAAUCCUGUCCUACAAACAACUCAUAUUUUUUCUCAAUGCAUUUAUUUUCUAUUAUUCUCCCCUUGCCCCACUAUAUAAGAGAGCAUUGAAGAAAAUACUCCAGUCACUGGAGUUUUUAUUGGUGUGUGUGUGGUAGUGUAGAAAAUGCCUGAACUUAACCUGAGUGUGUGAUGGGAAGCCCUGGUGUGGGCAAUGUGGGGGAUGAACAGCAAGCUGGGAAUAGACAGUGUGGUCAGAGGAUGACACACAACACAGCUGUAGAGGCCACAUCUCUCAAAGCAGCUGUAAAAAAAAAGUAGAGAAACAUCUAUGUUUUCUAACACUAUAGAAUGCUAUUAUGUAUGAAUUUCAAUGCUAGGGAGUCAGCAGCACUAAUAAGUACUUUUGUCCUACCAACAAAAUCUUAAAUCACAAUUUUAUUUUUCUCUGAAGAGAGAAAAGCUUUCCAUUUGCCUGACAUUUUCUUUCCACAUUUUUGCAUCACUGAGUGUGAGGACUUCUGCAGAGAGCCAGAACAAAAUUGUCAGAUCUUUGGUACAGUCCUGAAGUAGGGUUUCAGUAGGAACAAACUGAUGCUUGAGCCUUUGCCAGCCUUUUGUACAGGGGUGACUGUCCCCUUGUCUCAUAGAAAAUAAAUUAUGAAUGUGAGGGAAUAAUUUACCUGAAUGAAUCCUCUUCUUUUCCUGUGGGUUCCUGAAUUUUACUCUGUCUGAAGGAGCUGAGUCUUGUUGGAAGGAUUUUUUCUGAGCCUGACUUUGCUGGAGUUCAUUUGGGUAGAGGAUCCCAUGGUGCUGCUCCUCUCAGCUGAUGGGUGCUCCUGACCUGCGCAUGCAAACUUAAAAUUCUGGUGUAGGCAACUGCUUGAGCAAAGGUUUCUGUGGUAAUAGUGCUGCUGGGCACUGGAACAAAGGGAGCACACUGGAAAGGAAACAGGAAAAUCCCCAAAGCAUUUUAACAAAUAAAUAAGAGUGAUUUGUUUUACCCUGACACCACAAUCUGAAGCAGUAUUUCCUGAGUUACAUGAAGAAUAAUAGAAACAAUCUGUAUCUAACACCAACCCACAGAAAACAAGUCAGCCCAGUGACCAAACCAUUCCUUUAGAUGGCUAUUGCUCCUAUUGCCAAAAGAAAUACAUUGCUCAGCAUACCUCACUCUAAACUGUCUGGUUCCUCUGCAAAUCCUGCCUUCCUACAGGUAUAAUAGGUGUGGAAAAUGAGUAAGAGGCUGAAGGCAUCUCACAGCAGAUUACUGCCAUGGGAUGGGAUGUGGAGACAGUUACUGACUGGGCUGGUGCUGGGUGGAUAUGUUGAUUUAACCUGCCGUGUCCCUGUGAUUUACUUGGGCCUGGAAGCAGUGAAGCUGCAUUAAUGUGCUGCAGUUCUUUGGCCUGCAAAGAUGUGGGGGAGAAGGUCUUGGCUUUACAAAGCAUAGAUGGAGCUUUGAAAUGGGUGUUCAGUCUUGGUUUGUGCCUGAUCCUCCCUGUUUGUCCUUUUGUAUCCAUUCCCUGUGGGUGAAACAGAGUCAAAGCCCCUCUGCUGCUCAUGGAAUGUGUGAGUUAAAGCCCAGGGAAGCCUGUGACACAAAGAUAGCUAGAGAUCAAUGGCAAUGAAAGCAAAAAGUGGAAACAAAAUCCAGUUCUUCACACAGCCAUCAUAACUAGGUAGUCAGGAGAUAGCAGAGACAAGUUUCAGCUUGGUACUGUAUUUCUAAUUUCAAAAAACAGGCAGCUGGAAAAGAGGGCCAGGAGGCAAAAGUUCUGGAUUCUGAUACUGCCUCUGGUAUUACACUUAACUUCUGUGCUUUGGAUUCUAUGGAGUCCACCGCUGGACCAGUUCAUAGCUAUUUAACAAGAAAACACAGCUCUUGCUGUUGCAAACUCUGAGAAGUUCCCUCUUGCCAAGGAUCAGCACCAGGCCCAUAAAACUCCAGGAUGGGGAACUAUGACUUGAGUGGCCAUGGGGCCCUGGGUGAUUCUUUGAGCAGCAGGGAACUUCCGUGUCUGUAAAUAUUCAUCUUGUAUUAACAUACUUUGUUUUAUUUUUUUAUUUAAAGUUUGUUUGCUUUAAUAUGUGAAUGUAACAUGCAGCUGCAUAGUUUUAAAAAAAUCUGUGUUUCUAGAAAGGUACACUAACAGAAAUGGAAGUUAAUUUAACACUUUAUAUGUUGAUGUUCACGAUUUUUGUGAUUUAAAAGGCCAUGAUUAUAUGUAACUGUCAAUUUUACCAGUGUCACUAAGUUAUGUCUAAUAAAACUUAACAUCCAAUCAA